AUGCCUUUUUAUUCAUGGGGUUCAGCAUAUGUUAGUGAUGUCUCAAAUGGCAAUACUGGUUCUCGAAAUGGAAAAUAUGGAUCAGGCUCUACUCUUGCUAAGUCCAGUGGUUUUAACUCUAUGAAGUCUAAUGGCAAUACUGCUGGAAAAUCCUCUAAGUCUACAAAUACACAAGUGUCUACAUUGGGUUCUGAUUUCUCUGCAGGUCUCUUGAAAGGAUACCAUCCUGUAGGAAAUUUGCCUCCUUUUUCUGUCCAAAAACAUGGUGCUAAGUUCUAUGUUAUCAAAUCUUACAAUGAAGAUGACAUUCAUAAGAGCAUUAAAUACGAUGCAUGGGCAAGCACCCCAAAUGGCAAUAAGAAGUUAGAUGCAGCAUUCCGUGAAGCAGAACAGAGAUCAGGUGGAACUGGCACAAAAUGUCCAAUUUUGCUCUUUUUUUUUGCUGAGGUGGUUGGGCAGGUGGAUUUUGAUAAAGAUAUGGACUUUUGGCAACUUCGCAAGUGGAAUGGUUUCUUCCCAGUUAAAUGGCAUGUCGAAAAAGACAUUCCUAACAGUCAUCUGCGGCAUAUCAUCCUUGAAAAUAAUGGUAGGUGGCCUGUAACUUAUAGCAGAGACACUCAAGAGAUUGGACUUGAGCAAGAUUUGGAAAUGCUGAAUAUAUUUAAGAGUUAUUCAGCUAAGACCUCAUUGUCAGAUGACUUCAAUUUCUAUGAAAAUCAAGAGAAAUCUCUACACACUAAAAAGAGCAAUAAGCCUGCAACUUUGCGAAUGGAAAUACACGAAAAUGGUGAUUUUCUGUAA